AUGUCAUCUACCGAAGUUCCUACUUUACCUUCUACUUCUAUUACAGAACGAUUACCUGCUAUUCCUAUUCGACCUAGAGUUUUUCAUAUUGUUUCACCUUUAACGGGUUCGAAAGCGACAAUUAUUACUACUGAUACAACUUCUUCACCUAAUCAUGCACCAGUACUCAUUCAAGCAGCUCAACGAAUAAAUCGUUCUUCACUCGGUCAAAAUUCAAAUUCACGUAAACGUGUUUAUCCAUUUACGCAAGAAUGUGAUACAAAUGCUUAUUUAUCAACAUUAGCUGCUCAUCGUCAUCGUGAACGUUUAUCGAAAGGUUUAAGAUAUUUUUCAAAAAAAGUUUGUAAUAAAGUUCAAGCAAAAAAAAUUACAUCCUAUAAUGAAGUUGCUACAGAACUUGUUGGUGAAUAUACAAUUGAAGAAAAACGUAAUUUACAAUUACCAGAAAAUGAAUUAGCUUAUGAACAAAAAAAUAUUCGACGACGAGUUUAUGAUGCAAUUAAUGUUCUUCUAGCAAUGAAUAUUAUUACAAAAGAUAAAAAAGAUAUACGUUGGGUUGGUUUUCCAGUUAAUGCACUUUUUGAAUGUGAACUUAUUGAUAAAAAAACAAUUGAAAUUAAAGAAACAAUUCAAGAAAAAGUUCGAUUCGUCGAAGAUGCUUUAUUAAAAUUGGUUGCUUUACGUAAUUUAAUUCGUCGUAAUGAACAACGUCGAGAAAUGAUGCGUUUCAAUAAUAUGUGUUCAUUACCUUUUUAUGCAUUUGGUACAACAAAUGGUGCUUCAAUUGAUAGUUCAUUUUCAAGAGAUGGUCGAGAUACAAUUCUAACAUUUGAUCGUCAAGUAAAAAUUGUUAAUGAAACUGAAUGUUUACAUAAACUUGGUUUAUCAAAAGAACUUCGUGGUAAUGUAAAAUCUCAAUUUAAUAUUGAACAAGCACGAGCACUUUUACCAGAAGCAUUUUGGGACUUUGCUACUGAAAUGGCUAUGACUGGUUCAUUAAAAACAUUAUUUGAAACUCGAACAUCAUCAAGUAUAAAAAGUCGAACAUCAACAACACCUGUUGUCUUUGUUCCACCAUCUUAUUUUAAAGUCGAUGAUGAACCACAAGAAGUCGAAUAUGAAGAAGAAGAAGCAUUCGAAGAAGAUGAUGAUGUUCUUUCUAUAUCAAGUGAUGAUGAUGAAAUUGCACAAACAUCUUCACCAACUUGUUAA